GUGUUUCCUAUGCGUGUGGGCUGUCAGCAGGUGUAGGUGUUUCCGUGUGUGUGUGCUGAGCCUUCUCGGUGUUAUAUAAAGUAGGUCAGUAGUAGUGCCGUGCCAAUAAAAGUUAAUGCUUCCAGAUUCCGAUAUGUUUUUCUUAUCUGGUCACGUCGUGGACAUUCAAAUUUUUCUAUUAUUGGUAUCGUUGAACCCUGGGAAUUGAAAUUACUAAGCCUUAUAGCAAAAAGUGUAAGAACGCUCAAUUUUUUUGUUGAUGAUUUGGUGUGUUCAUUUAAUGACAGUUAUUCAAGUAAUAAACGCAAAAAUGCUGUUUUCAAAUUCUGCAACCUGAUCCUAAGAAUGGAAAAUCUUGAGUAUGUGAAGAUAAUGCAGAUACAUCCUCACCCGAUCGCUAAACUUUUUUUAAGAGCGCUACAGGACUUACCCAAUUUAAAGCAGUUGCAUAUAUGCACUCCAAGGCGGGAGAAUUUUGGUAAAUUUCAUCGCUUGGAGUACAUCUCAAUAGAUGUGGAAAUUUCUCCGAAAGUUUUGCUGCGAACUUGCCGAUCCCUGACCAGAUUAAGAACUCUUCAUCUCUCUGAACAAGUGAGCAGCUCCAAUCUCAAGGAUAUAUUAGAGCAUUUGCCACUUUUACAAGAACUGAGUUUUUAUGUUGAUCGAUGCAAUAAGUGGGGACUGUUCGCCUGCCAUCGAUAUCAAAGAAAAUCUCUUGAAGGUAUUUUUGAGUACCUGGCUAGAGAAAGAACUUUGAAAAUCCUCAGAGUCAAAGGAGAAAUCGUUGCAGUCCCUGAAGCCGAAUACCUGGCCAAUAUAAAAUCACUAAAAUCCCUGGAUUGCAGUUUCACAGAUCCCGAAUUAGUGUCAUAUAUUUUGUCGCUCACAUCCUUGGAAAGCCUGCGAAUUACGUAUCUUCAUUCCAUAGAUAUAUCUUCGAUUUAUUUGGAUAUGAUUCGGCAAUGCAAGGACCUUCGCUUGUUAAGCAUCUUUGACUAUAACAUUAAUCCUGACUUUGUUUUGAGAGCCUCAAAAGUACUGGAAGAUAUUGAGUCAAAGAAUACGUUACAACUAUUGAUCCACGGCCGUCGGAGCUCAGAAACGAUGAGGGAGUUUAAGUCGAAGGCCUUGGACCGGAAUAAUCUGUUAUUUCGUUCUAUAACAGCCACUGAACUUUUAAAGUUAAUAUGAGCAUUAAAAACCAGGGUGCUAAAAUAAGAGUGCUAUAUAACUAUAAUGAUCUUACUUUUUUGUGUUUGCA